UGGUGAUGUCUUCUUCUUCAUUAAUCUAAUGUUAGUAUUAGUAUUAGGCUUAACCGAAAUCGGUCUUUAUGACUGUUUUCAACCUUUAAAAGUGUUGGGAAGAUUCAGAAUAGUAAGCAUUCGGUCAACUUACGCUUUACGGGUCCUCUGAGUCAGUUAGCCUUCAUUAAUCCUACUGGCCUAACUAUAAUAAUAAUCAUAAGCCUACUAUAGUAUAUAGUUAUACUAUAUUAAAAUUACUACUAAAGACUACUACUACUGUCAAUAUUAUUGUCUAUUAUUAGUAAGUAUUAUUACUCUCUAUCCUCAAGUAUUACUAACUGACUAUGACGAAUUCAACUAAGUAUUACUAUAACUAUAGACUAUAGUAGUAUUACAAUACUUAAUUUAUUACUAUUAUCAAACAGUAUUAGUAUUAACUAUUUGUAGCAUUAGUCAAUUUACUUUCUCUGGUCUCUGUGCCAUGGCUUGUGUCUGUGUCAUUGCUAUCUACCAGUUGAAUAAUUGUAUAUUAAUUUAAAAAUUGUCAUUGUGAUUUAUUAACAAUAACAUGUAUCCGUGAAGAGCCUUCGGUCUUCAACAUAGUACUUACUGAGUGUUCCUAAUGUGGAUGAACACAGAAAAAAGUCUUACAGAGUGCGCCCUUUUUAAGCGAUAGUGCCAAAAUUAUGGAACAGUUUGCCUCAAUCUUUGAGGGGAUUGUAAAUAAAUGAUAAAAAAAUCAUUUCAGAAACAUUUUAAAACUUUUUUGUUUAAAUUGAUUUCGGAAAACCAGAGCGCAGUGAGCAUGCUAAAGUGGCAUGGAUGCCAGCGCGAUAUAAGUAUCAAAAUCAAUCAAUCAAUUUUUAUGUAUGAUUAAUGCCUAGGCCUAGGCCUUAUUUGUUUUUAAACAAUUAGCUUUAACCUAAUACUAAUUAGGCUCUUACAUCAUAGGGACCAGAGUUUCCCAACCUUUUCUGUUCUGGCUAAAACUGAAGGUCUACUGUAUUACCCACUACAGACUACAAGGUUUCACUACAUUUUAACCCUUUACACUUUACAAAUUUUAAUUUGUUUGUCUCACAUACCCUAAAAAAGUACUUGUUGUUCGUCCGUCGAGAUCGACGAUGACCAUCGAGUCGUCUGGUGACUGAUGACUUGCGCGGGUGACUUUUGUUUAAAGUGAGGAAGAGUUGCGCAGCGUCAACCUCACUCUCUCGUCCGAGCCCAUCAUAUCCAGUGGCAAGACUCUACGUCAAGACGACCAGGGAUGGGUACGGUUGCAGGGAUUGACAUUGUAUGCGCCUUACGGGACUCCAACUCCGGGUUUGAAUUCAGAGUUUCCUUCAUAAUCAUAAUCAUAAUCUACAAUACAUUUAUAAUUGGAGACAAAAAAAUUGGACUAAUAAUUUAAAAAAAAUGUAAUUACAAAGAAUUCAAAGAGCAUGUAGAACUUGGAAAAUAAACUUGGAAAAACAUUUGCUAUAAACCAGUGUUUCUCAAAUGGUGGUCUGCUGCCAUUAUAUAAUAUACCGGUAUAAGAUAACUAUUAAGUCCUUGUUUUUUGAGUUCUCUAUUCUUAUAAAUCACUUUUCCCUCACACCCCCUGAAAUCCCACCUUGCAACCCUUUGGGGUGCCAGCACUUCAGGCUGGGAAACUCUGGCCUAAUAACUAAAAGUAUGUUUUUCGGAGCCAGGGAUAAAUUAUUAGAUACUUGCAUGAGGCACAGUGCCAAGGGUCUAAACUUAUUGCUCCUUGUUCAUUCAAAAGCUAGAUUACAUUCGAUUUCAAUAUAUGUUUUUUAAUCUUGAUUACUUGAGUUUUAUUAUGGAAGUCUGCUAGAGUAUACCAUUAGUGAAACCCAGAUUUAGAAUGUCUACAUGAUUUUUGUACAUUGUUAUGCUAAUAGAUAAAUGUGUUCACAGAUAAACUUGAUUUAUUUAUUUCCCUGUUUCAAUUAUUUUCUGAACAGUUUAGCCAAUGGAGUCCUCAGGCAACUUCACAGUAGAACAAGUGGAGCUAAUUAGGAGACUGCGAAAUAGCGGAGUUACACCUCAGCAAAUACUGAAUGCGUUUCAGGCAUUUGACAGACUAGAUCAAGAGCUUGGGGAACUCUUCUCUUUUCCUGGUAGGAGAAAUGUGCAGGUAGAUAACCAACUGGUACAAUGGUUUUUAUACAAGAGUCUAAUUAGCUUAGAUAAUCUGAUAGUCUUUUUAAAAAAAGGUUUUCAGUCCCCAGGGUUCCUUAAAAUCUAAAAUAUAACCACAUUUUCCUAAAUGUUUUAAUAUUUUAAUAAAGCUGUUUUUUUUUUUUAAUUAAAUAAAUUUAAAUAACUGUUUUAAUGUCAUGUUUAUUAAUGCCAAUAUUUUUAUGUGAAGCCUGGUUAGCCCAGCCCUAGGCUGGGGUACCGCGCUAUAUAAGACCACUGUAAUAAUAAUAAUACUAAGUAAGAGACUAAACAUAAUGUUCAAAAAGUAUUUUUUCAUUUCAAAACUAUCUUACUUCAUUUUUUAUUUCAUGUUCAGCAAGACAUCAAUUACCAACCAACUGGCCCUGUGAAUAGAUUCACUGGAGGCUUUCUCCAAGCCAAACAGCUUCAAACAAAUGCAAUGUUGGGCAAAAGCACCAAGUACUCAGAUGCUAAUAAAGAUGCAAGAGAAAGUUUGAUGGACUUCAACAGCUCUUGUGAAACAAGACCAACUUUAAGUAAUUCUAGAGGAACAUCAGGUAAGAAGUUUUUCAAAUUUUGUUGAUAACAAAAACCAAUUCAUAGAACCCUUAAAGAUAUUGACCAAAGGCAUUCAUUUUUUUAAUGAACAAAAACAUGUUUUAAUAUUGCCAGUAAAUGUUGCCUAAAAAUAUUAUAAAAUUUGAAAACAUACUUUUUGAGAAAUGUUAUUAUUUCUGAUUAACCGAUUACCAUAACUAAAAGAGCAUAGAUUGCCACAAAGUUUUAAAUACCGGUAUUUAAUUUUGUUUUGUGUGGUGUGUUUUUUUUUUCUAUUUAUUUGGGUGUUAUUUAAUUCAAUUGUAGCUCCAAAUGAAUUUUUAGUACUGUUUUGAAACGUGAACAUUUUAUUAUAUACCGGUAUAAAUAUAUGCCCUUUUUCACUUGCAGAAAAAAUCUUAAUAUUGUUUGUAAUAUUUAUACUGUGGCAUAUAAAGUGUUCCAUUUCUAUAUUUUAUUAAACAAUAAAAUAUUAAUUUUACUUAUACUCAAUGACUCAAUGUUUAUGAACUGCGUUGAAUUAUGCACUCGUCAUGUAAUGAAGUUAAAGAACAAUUAUAAUAUGUCUUAUCCUAACAUAAUAAGACUCUCAUAUUAUAAUUUUCCAGAUUUAAGAACAUCUCAAGGAACAAAUAAUAGCACCCCACAAUCUGUAGUCACCAAAAAUACCAUUCUCUAUAACAGCAACUUGGCAUCCAUAAAUGAUUCACCUGUGUCCCAUAAAGAAGAAACAUAUAGUUGCUCACUUGAUAAAUAUGCUCUCUUUCUAUUAAGGUCAGUUGGUGUUUGCCAUUGUAAGUGCUUGUACUUGUACCUGUAUAUAUCAGCUCACUGUCACAUUUAACACUACAGCAAGCAAUUCAUUUCAAUAUAUAUAUAUAUAUAUAUAUAUAUAUAUAUAUAUAUAUAUUAUAUAUAUAUUUAUAAGAGAAUUAAUAAAGCGUUGUUUAUGUCUGAAAUAUUUUAUAUUUUAUAUAUCAACGCACACUCACAUAUAACAAUACAGAAAGAAAUAUAUUUAAAUAUAUAUAUAUAUAUAUAUAUAUAUAUAUAUAUAUAUAUAUAUAUAUAUAUAUAUAAUUGUAAGGGAAUUAAUAAAGCGUUGAUUAUGUCUGAAAAAUUUAAUAUUUGUUAAAAAUUUAAGCCAAAAUCUGACAUUGCAUUUUUGAAAUAUUAUUUUAAAUGUACUGGGUACUUAGAGCUUCUAUUUAUAUAUCGGUACCGGUAUAUCUUUUAAUCUUGUUUUCCACAGUUUGAGCAAAGAAAUUUUUGUAGACCUUGUACGGAGAUGCUUGAUCCUAUAUCCAGACUUUGACCCAAUAAAACAGGCUGCAGAAAUUGGUAAUAAAUUUUUGAUAGUGUAAAUCACCUAUUGUUAUUUAGAUUUAGAAAACUUCUGCAUACCAAACAAAAAUGUUUCAGUUAUACAAAAGAAACUUAAAAUCACAAUAAAUCAUAAGUUGAUAAACUCCUUUGAUGCACUUAUGAAGAAAUUUUGAUUGUUUUGCUUGUCGUCAUUGACUUCAGGUUACGUUGUAACUAAUUUAUUAUAUUAAUUAUAAGUCUGAUUUUUGAAUGCAAAGAAUCUCAUGUCUUCAGUUAGUAAAAGAAAUUCUGUUAGGCUGCAGUGAAAAUUGAAAAACAACUCAGUCCUUAUUGGUCACCUUUGGCUGCUGCUGUCUGUAUAGUCACGUUACUGUUUUGAAGAACUUUCUCGUUCAAGAAAACAAGUGUCUGAGCUUUAUGCCUAUAGAUGUUUUUUAUUAACAAAUAAAUACAUUUUAAAAAAGCUUUUCUGAUGCAUUAAAAAAUUUGUAUUCAUUUUACAACUUUAAAAAAAUUUUCUUAUUGAUUUUGUUAAGCUUGCUCAGCAAAUUCUCAUACUUAACUUAAUGUUUAAGAUUAUUACUCAACAUUGACCAGAGUAUCUUUAAAACUAAAAACGUUACAACCAAUCAAUAUAAGCCCAAUAAUUGAGAUUGCCUAAAUGUAACAAGUUAUAGCAAAAACAUCCAUGUUUCUGCAGAAAAAAUAGUGAAAGGUAUUUGGAAGUUUGAAUAAAAAGAUGGGACCAUGAAUGAAGAACAUUUCUCAGCUAAUAACAAUGGUGAACAGUGAACUUUUUUAACUAGUUACUAUUUUUUGUCACAUUUUAAACUGUCCUGUCUGCUGAGGAAGGCUCUUAGCUGAAAUGUUCUUCACUUAUUGUCCUGUCUUUCAAUUCAUUUCAAGCUUCCAGAUACCUUGUUCUACCAUUUCCUUCAAACAGCUUGAACACAGUCCAUUUGUUAUCCUUCAUUUUGUAGAGUAACCUGUAGUAACAAAGUGGCUGAAGCUGUUGGAAUACAAGAUAUAUUUAAUUAUUUUUUUUUUGCAGGGGUCAGUGAAAUGUCCAUGCAUGUUUUUCUGACUGGUGAACUUCAACAUGUUGACCCAAUAAUGAAACAUAAAUUAAUAGACUGGUUUACUGGCAAGCUUAAACAGACUGACUGGUUUUAUGAGGAAUAUAACCAUCUCAUACAUUUUCAAGGUAUUAGUAUAUUUAAAUCAAAAUCUUUGUUCAUUUGAGGAAUAUAUGAUUUAAGUUCUGUUUAGGUAUAACUUUUGUUUGACUAUUGGCAUUUAUUAUUUAAUUCAUCAUAGAACAAACUGAGGGCUUGGAUGUUCAUUUCACACCAAGAAGAGAACGUUUCACAUUUAGGGAAAAGCAUCUUGAAGUUUUGGAGAUGUUUUUUAAAAAAGUGCAAUAUCCAAAUCAGGAUGAGAAAGAGCACAUUGCAAAUGAAUGCAACAACGCAAUGGCAAUAGAAGGUAAGAAUUUUACCCUAAAGUUUAUUACAGAGGCAAAGUUUAACAUUAAAUAUUUUUUAAAAUUAAAUGUAUCCUAAAACUGUUGGCCACCUCACCUUUUUUUCGUGAAAUGCUAGUUAAUUUUGGUAAAAAUUACGCUUCAUUUAACAUGUCAUCAUCAUGCUUCUGCAUUGGAACCUUCACUAAAGAACUUCCUCUUUUGUUGUACUAUUUCAUCAGUGGCAUCCUUGUUUUAGCUAAGUGUAAUACAUUUAAUAUUACACUAAUCCAGUCCCUGCUAUCCCUUCAGUCUUAAAAUAUUUUUUUUUUUAAUUAAAUAUUUGCGCUAUGAGCCGCUCUAAUAUUAUAAAUUCGUGACUCAUUCCUAAUAAAACACUAAGAGAUGAAAAUAUUUUUCUUUAACAGUUGGUCGUGAUUUGGGUGAAAAGGAAUGCAUGACGCAUAUAAAUGUUUCCAAUUGGUUCAGCAAUAGACGGAAGGAAAUCAAAAGAUUGCCUAAAAAAGGUAACAAAAUAAAUAAAGGUGUAAAAUAAAAUAAAAGCAAAAGCUUAAAAUUCAUCUGUUAAAUGCUCAUACAAAUUAAAUAACAUUCUUAGUGCCAAGUGGAAGAAAAUCUUCAGCUAAUUUUCCUUUCAGAAAAGUUGGAGAGUAAAGUUACUAUAUUUGGUUUAAGUUCUAACACAGCGGACAGUUCGAGGUAGUGGAAAUAUGAAAUAGCUAUAUAUAAAUUAUUUUCAUUGCAAGAUAACAUAAUUUAAUCAGAUCCAUAUUUUUAUCAUCUUUAUUAGGAGGAACUAAAAUAGAAAAGGUGAUCCUUCCUAGUCGAUUAAAAGCAAAAAUACACCCAACAGCUGAGGAGUUAUUAGAAGAUCAGCUUCUAAAAUCUAAAUCUGAAUUACAAGCCUCAAAUGACAGUGGGCAGCAAAAUGGUGGCAUAUCAUUUAACAGUUCUGAAACAGACUCAUCAGUGAGUCAGGACAAUUUGAAAUCAGAAUCUACCGACCCAGAAAAUCCGCAUUAUUGUAUUCCAGGUGGACAUAACUCUUCUACUAUCCAUGAAUACACAGACUCGACCGUUGAUAAUUCUGAAGCUGUGACUUUCCCAGCACAUGGGCUAUCUCCACGGCAAGAGAAAGAUAGCCAAACAAAAUCACUAAAACAUAGGAAUAUUUGUAAUUCUUACUCUAGUUCGAAUGAUGUGAACUUCAUAUUUUCUGAUUGUGAAGCUGCUAAAGUAAAAUUAGAACCUGAUUGUGAACAAGGGUAAAGAAUGUGGUUGUUUGGUGAAUACUUUGUUGUUGCUUUUAUAUGUUAAAGAUACAUUUCCUGGUACAUACAGUGCAAUUUUACUUGUGAGGUAAUAUGAAAAGAUGACAUUUUUGUUCCACUUAUAAUGAAAAUUACUUGAAUGAAAGAAUGGCUAAUAUUUCAAAGUAAGUUUGUGUUGAGAAUGAUUGUAUUUACAUUUUUAAGGUACCGUACAAAAAUUGUACAUGUGCUUUUUGAUUCAUUCAUUGUUUUGAGUUCAUUUAUGAAUUCUGAGUGAUCAGAGAGAAUUAAGUUUCAAUAAAAUUAAAACCGGAAUGGAAAAUAUUUUAAUAGACAAUAAAUUUAGUCUAUUUAUUAUUAGUUAUUUUUCUUUCUAUAGCAACUAUCAGUACUAGAUCAUUUUCUGUAGAUCACAGGGAGAUAACCCUGAUGGCUGUAUGAAACAACCAACACAUCAUUUAGAUGUCUGAGCAUGUCACAAUCACCUUCCAGUGUAAUGAUGGAUUCAUCCUUUCUGAUCUUACUCUAAGGCUCUUUUAUUUCAUUUCUUAAAUUUCCUGAUCUACUGGGAUUUGUGAUGAAAACGUGCACACUUCUUGCACAUUUGCUCAGACAAUUCUAUCCCAGAUCUGACCUAGACAUCGAGUCAGAUCGUGCUGUUUUUUCAUCUGCCUUUUUGUUGACGAGGUUGAUGAUCUUGUGAAAACAAUAGACCUAACAUACGUAUUAAAAUCUUUCAGUUUCAUUGUUUAUUUGCCUUCACUUCUUCACUAUGUUUUAACCUGGUAAUGGCACCUUUGCCUUUUGUAUUCUUGUCUUUACAUCUUUAGUAAUUCUAGGUAUAUGAAGGCAUCUACCAUCUUUAGUAAUUCUACCUGCUAGGUAUAUGAAGUUUAGAUCAUUGCAUGCAGUGCUUUGGUAUUUCUUGAUAGCUUGCCUAAUGAAAAAGAAUCCACGGAUGUUGUCUUGUCCUGUUUAUGAAAAAACAGCCAGAGCAUCCCCAGCA